AUGAGAUUGCGGCUGCGGGCACCGGAUGAAUCUGAGGGCGAGCGCAACAAUUAUCCCAAUACCGGCGACAAUAUUGCGUUGCCUUCACUGAAUAGUAAUCCCCUUCUGCCACCGCUCGAUGUGGGAUCACCUGAGUACAUCGAGGAACGGCUGGAGAACCUCAAGCGACGCCCUAACUGGAGGGACUUUCUGGAUCAGUACGUGCAAGAACAUCCAGACAGCGAAAGCGAAGAUAAUUGUAGCGAAGACACUGCCUAUGCUGAUUCAUCUAACUUAUUCCACUCGACGCUCUGGUCACUGCUGGUCGUAACCUUCACGCCACUUUUUAUCCUUUGCGCCCCCCUUCUAAAGCACAAACGCUAUGGGUUUUGGCCGUUGGGGUGUCACUCCAUGAAGGAACUCUUUUGCUGUGCGCUGGUAAAUGUGAUCUUCAUGGUGUUUGGAUUUGUGACGCUUUACUGGACAAUAUGUCGAGAGCUUCCAAAAAAAUUUGACGUUAAUGAAAAUUACAUCAAAAUAAACGCACAGAUUAUUGAAGUGCAAAGCGCGGCGAUGACUUGUCAUGCAGCACUUCUGCAAUGGGAAAGUACUGUUGCACUAGAGUUGUGCGUGCCUGUGGUCAUCGAUGCAGUACUUCUAGUAUUGAACCUGUGGCUGCUUCUAAAUUAUUAUCGUCGACCGGCAAAGUAUUUAAUGGUAUUGAUGGCGGCAAUGUAUAUGAUAGAUGUGCCUGCCCGACUAUAUGACCUGACUUUCCCUGCACCUAAGAUAUUCCGGGUUGACCCGACAUUUGCCAUGAUUAAUGAAGAAUUGAUUGUUGCUUUGGAUGGAGUUAAUUUGAAGCCAAAUGGGAGCGUUGCUUGGGUAGCUUACUGGGGAUGUGCUACUACCUCGAACGUUGACGUGUGCGAGAAGCAGUUUAUAUCUGUAUAUGACGCGGGCACUGUGGCCGUGACUUUUAGAUCCUUCGAUUAUUUCAUUCCGUGCUAUCGUAACCCACCUGACCCGCUCAAGGCGCAAGACUUUCAAUGUUUUGAAGAUGUUCGCAUUCGUGUAAAACAUUCCCGAAGCAUACCUGGGCUGCCCCGAUCAGUGUCGGGGGCUUCGAAUUCUCGAUUGGUUCAAGCUGGGCUGUCGCUACGUGGUGAAAAAGAGGGCAAUGCAACGACGAAAAAGAUGAUAACUCACGAUGUGAUGACGGCUACGGUCAAACCUACACAAAUUGAGCCAACUAACGAUGCUGCAAUCGACGUUUCUAAGGACUUGAAGUUAGCUUUGGGAUUUAUCAAAAAUGUCGAUUUGAUAGAAGAGGAGAAACAUAUUUCAGAAGUUGGUAUUGGACCUCGAAUGGAUGCUGAAGACGGAACGGAAAGUGCUCAAAGUGGGAAUGAUAAGAAGUUGGAAGAGGUUGACGUGACGUCUGAUGCAAAAGCGAAGAUGUGUCACAUUGACGUCGAAGGAGGAACGACGUCACAAACAUGCGUUCCUGCUGGAUGUUUGGAGAGUUUGCAGGACCCAGAAUCGAAAAUUGACGGGUUCUUGCAUGCUUUAAAGGAUGCUCUUACGGAAGUCGAAGUGGACACGGAAAACACUCAUACUGCAGUUGACAGGGAUGAAGAGGGUAAGGACGAUGCGUUUCAGAUUGUAGUCGAUGCUCUUGCGAGUAAAGAAGUUGCGGUUGUUGACAUGGCCGUGGUCCUUGAGAAAGAGCGUGUGCAUAUGGCCGAUAGGAACCAAAAAGGGAUUGUGGUUGAAAUAAACAUGAGAGAUAUCGGAGAGUUAAGCACAUCUGCAGCAAUUGCUACAGACGAGAAGUUAGAAGAGGCUGGUUUAAGGCACGAGAUUGGCUCUGCAUUUCAAGACAAAGGUAUACAAGCAAAACUUCGUGACGCCACCAUCGACAAGAUCAAGGUAGAAGAAGUUAGCAAGCAAAAAAAGGAUUUGAAGCGAAAAAAAAUACGUCCUUUUGAGAAAGGUUCCGCUAUUACGGAUGCUUAA